AGUCCCAACAGGCCAAAACAUUGCGAAAUGUGUCAUCACCACUCCCUCGGUCCCUGGAUCUCUAGAAUAUUCUUCAGUCUAACUCUAACACGUCUGUCUAGUGUCUAUCUGAUGCAAUAUUUUGCCAGAGUGGUAAUGAGCAUAAUCUAGUUUGGAUUAUAAACAGUACCCCUCCAUUUAUAUUAAUCAAACUAGCUACCUGACUGAGAAGAGAUCGAAGAUUCAUUCCCGCUGUCUGCCUCUGCCUCUGCCUCUGCCUCUGGCGAUCAUACAGUAUCGACGCUCGCUGCCCCGUCCGACUCGGCUUUGACUACAGCCACAAACAUGAUCGGUGGGGAGGAUAUGACUGAAUUUUUGACCAGCCACCCUGAUAUGGGAGAAAUGGAACAUGCUGUUCUAUUGGCUAUUGAUGACUUACAUAAACAGAAGAUGAUAUCUAGUGAUGACCGAUCCAGACUCCUGUACCAUCCUGUAGAGCAAACAUCUCGCCAUCACCAGCCGUCAUCAGUAGGAAGCUUCCUUUAUCCAGAGAUACCUCUCUACACUUUGCUUGCAGAUAUCCUAAAUCAGUGGAUGGAUUAUGGAGUGUGUUAUGCCAAGGAUCUGAUUACAUAUGAGUGUCUGGAUGAAGCAGAUGGCAUUGAUAAAAGGAAAAUGGUUCUGGACAAUGUGACGUGUCACAUGAUGGGAAUCAGAGGAUCAUGGGAAGGGUUGCAAGAUGACGAGAAGAAACACAAGAUAAGCCAGUUGUUUAAGGACAUUGGUAAGAGAGGACUUCUGGACUUGAUUGGUGUGAGAAGAACAGUCGGAACAGAAGAUACAUUCCCACCGACAAGAGAUGUCUUAGAAAGAAGUUUCAGGGAACAAAAUAAGGGGAGUAGUAAGUUAACAGUUGGAGCGAGGGCGCUAGACAAACAUUGCCAUCGAGAUCAGUCAAAUAACUGGUGGGGACGCCCAAAAGGAAGUGAGGAAUCAAAGAAUGAAAAUGCUGAGCGUGUUUUGAGGAAGAUUCUCAAUGAGGUUGGAUGGCUUAAUAUUCAUCAGUUGCCACACGCGUUGCCGAUAUUGGAAGUACGGAAUAUCGAUGGGUAUGGGGCACGAUGGUCACCCGAUGGAACAGAGUUUAGAGGAUUCUUAGAACCUCCAAUGGUCGCUGGAUGGGAAACAGGAUAUAAACAUUAGAUAACUCUUGGUUCCAUGACAUUUGCUCCGGCGACAAUUGCUACUUAGCAAAAUCCACACAUUAAUGGAAUGACCCAAUUCAACCCUGGAUUUAACACCAUACCCUAUCCUAAACCUAACUCUAAACCUAAUACAAAACCCUACUGCAACCCCAACCGUUACCCGAUAUCUUUAGACGAAAUAAGGCCCGGAGCAAGUGACGUGUCACCUAAUUGGUACUCUAAUGGAGAGGAUGAACUUGUCUCUAAUAAGGUCAGAGCUAUGUUCAAUGAUAGAGGUCAGCGUGUAUUUACAAGGAUCGGUGGUGUCGGAAGGUCAAAGGUCACUGAUUGGCCUGGCUAUAAUGACAAUUCCCAUACAUUAAUUUCAUUGUUAAUUGCAGACUUUAUGUUCAGAGCGUAUUAGGGAUUUUAAUGAAUUCUAAAUUCACUGAAUCAUGAAAAAUUUACAUAAAUGAGGGGAAUGUGUGAUUAGCCUUUAUUUCAUUUCUCACUGGUAAAGAAAAUGCAUUUAUAUUGACUGGCAGGUUAGAAAGUAUACCUGAAGUUAGGUAUCUCACUGAGCAACGAUGCUUAUGACUGUACAUAAGGAUUUUAUACUCGUCACCUUUUUAUAACGGGUGAUGCAAAUGCUUACGAAUGUUUGAAAUCCUGUUGAAUAAUUUCAUGGAAAUUUUACGUACAUUACGAUUCUAUACAUUUCUAUUUCAUAUCUUCACAAGAUCAUAUUAAAUUGUGUAUUUUCUUGAUUUUUAAUAUGUAUGCGAAUGUUAAAGCAUGGAUUAUAGAUCGAUUGUAAUAGCGAUCUUUUGUCGCAUCACGAAUCAUGUAAUUUGCACCAUCAACAUGAAUCGUUUUGUUUAGGCUCGCAGUUCAACACAGCACGAUAUCAUAAACAUAAGUCCAAGGAGCGUUCACACACAGGCAGUCUAUUUCCAUAGGAUCAUGUGCAUUAACAUACACAUACCAUUCACGAUCAAAAACUAUAUUACGAAUUAUCUUGGUUUAUAAAUUAAAAUGUUCAGUCUGCUUUAUUGAAUUCGAAGAAUGCUUGGACAAAAUAAAGCAUAAUACAAAUAUUUUAUUCCUUGCAAAUUUUGUGAUAUCAGUCGUAAUGAGUAGCAGAAAAUUAUUUGUCUUUUUUAAGGUAUAUAGGCCUAUAUCAUAAGAAUUUAUAUAAAAAUGUUACCCAUCCAGGAACCAUGUGACUACUUUUGGUUUAAAUGGCGCGGCUAAAGUGGCUAUUCAAAUUAUUAUCAUUUUUUUUUAAAUAGAUUUCCUGACUUCCCCUUCACCCGUUGCCAGGUAGUUUGACACGUUUUCCACAUACUAAGCAUCUAGCUUAGGAUUGGUCAAAAGUUAAUCACGUGAUAAUACUGAGUUUUUCCAUCUGUUAUCAUUCGCGGCAACGGGUCGCUUGUGGUUAUCAUCAAACGUACCUGAUCAGGUCAUAUCAUGUAAUUACCAAGGAAAGAGCAUUUCAAGCUCCAAGAAAAGGAACAUAGGUAACUAUACAAAUGGAAACGAUAAAUUAUGCCCACAUAUUAAAACUGGUGUGAUGCUAGCUGAUAAUGUAAUUUUGAUUAUCUAUAUCAUUUGCCGUACUUUUGAAGCAGUUUUCUGAUCAGAUAUCGUAGUACUGAUGUAGUACGUUAGAAGAUUUAAAAAAUGAACAGAGUAUUUAAACGUUUUUGUAGUCGUUUGUCUCAGCAGAACGCAACGAGGGUAGGUGAUAAUAUGAGAGGUCGUAUCAAUUGAAAGGUCACGUGCAUCCGAUCCUAGGUCACGAGGUCAUACACGUCACCUGAUAGUUGCAUGGUUCCCAGCACAUCUCCAAUUGUUUUCAGUGGAAAAGUGCCUUAUUGUAGAUUGAGUACAUAAACUUGGAAACCAAUUUUAAGGAGCAACGUGCCAUUUGAACAAUACAGGCCUAAAAAUUGUCUAUGUAAUUACGAUUUUAUGAAUAGGAAAUGUGUCCCGAAUAGUUCCAUUUUAAUGGUAUCUCGAUUAAACCAAGAGCCAUAUUGUGCAAUGGGAUAACUCCAUUAAGAUUUUUCAAGUUGUUAAAGUAAUAAGAAAAAAGGAAGAAAGGAGAGAAAAGAGUAUAUAAUGAAAAUGUCUUUUGACGAAACAUUUAUGUCGUCUGACCACCCCUCCCCCCGAAUAAAAAAUCAAAAAAAAGAAACGCCAUAAUACACAUACGAGUGACUCUCAUGAACAUGAUCAUGGAUCCAUGACAUGAUUUAAAUCGAUUUAUUAUUAUUACAUAAGAAAGCUGUUCGACUGAUCAACUCCAACUAUGUUGCACACUCUUCUUCCCUUAAUUAAAAAAAAAUGAAUAUCUUAAAAUUUUCGUGAUAAAAAUCCUCCAUACUUCGAAAUCUGCAGAUUUUACUUACGCAGAUUUCGAUGCGUUUUUAUGAUUUCUUCUUUAAUCAUGAAUAGUACGUUAAAACACUCACUUAGUCUUGUAUCUUGUAAAUAAAGGUCACGUUACUUUAACGAACUCUGUUAUCGUACAUCUGUUACUUGUUAGCUUGUUUUGAAUUGUCAAAUUGAAGGAUUUAUCGUUACAUUUCUUACUUUGUACGGGGAGUUGCUAUACUUUACAAGCCAUAUGUUUAUAUUGUAAGCCCCAGACACAUUUUUAUUGUAUAUUAUUGCUCUGGGUUUUAUUAAAAUGAUAAUAGAACUGAAUUGACAAAGAACAAAGAUAACCUUUCUGGUCAUGAAUUUUAAAUUGUAAAAUAUUUCCCGAAACUCCUUGUGCAUGUUGAUACGGUGAACACGGGGUGGCGUUUUUCAGUGUCUCAUAUUUUCUUAUAAAAUAUAGGCCUGUCUUGUGAAUAGGAUGGCAUUCCGACUUAAAUUGUUAUAUUUUCUAACAGUAUAACUAACAAUUUAUACCCUGUUUAUGUUACUUUUAUGAGAAAACGAAAUUUCUUCGUUGAAACCUUAAUUCGAAGAGCACAUUAUAUUUGGUGUAUAUGAUGUCUUCUUUUCUUUAAGAUUUAUGAAUGUUUGUAUGAUAUGUCAUCCCGUUUAUAUGUUAUUAAGUUGCAAUAUUUUGUAUUAUAAGAUUAUAUAUUUCAAGAUUCAAUUGCCAUUUCAUUAUGACACGUUUGUAUAAUAAAUAAAUGCUAGCGAUUAACAAUAA